GACUCAUUUUCUUGACAGUGGUCACCACAUCUCAAUUUUAUGUCUCACAAGUGCUAUUCUGGUGGUCUCAUCAACACUCGCCAUUUGAUCUACAUCGCCUUCUCAUUUGAUCACACGCAGCACCUUACUUUACCUGGGAAAGAUGUCCUACGUCAAAUCUUUCUCGGCUCGAUACGCCGACGAGAGCACCAUCUAUGAGCAGCUCACCAAGAUAUUCCCAAUGGUGACCGGGAUUACCAUCGUCUACCAGCGCGGCCGUUUCAUCUGCACCACGCCGAGAGAGCUUACGGAUGAGGAGACAAAAACUAUCAAGGCUGCCAUCAAGGCAAACCAUUACGCAGAUGAAGGUUUAUGAAGGC